AUUCUGGUCUUUGUUCGUUCACAGGACAAAUGUGAUGUAUUGUAUAAUGAUUUGAUGACCAAAUAUGGUUAUGCAUGUCUAUCUCUUCACGGGGGUAAGGACCAGGCUGAUCGUGAAUCAGCUAUAUCUGAUUUUAAGAGCACUGUCUGCAAUUUGUUGAUUGCCACAAGUGUUGCAGCCAGGGGUCUAGAUGUGAAAGAGCUUGACUUGGUUGUAAACUUUGAUCCGCCGAACCACUAUGAAGACUACGUGCAUCGUGUUGGCAGGACAGGUAGGGCAGGGCGGAAAGGCUGUGCUGUAACUUUUCUCUCCGAGGAUGAUGCAAAAUAUGCACCAGAUUUAGUCAAGGCCAUGGAACUAUCUGAGCAGCUUGUUCCUGAUGAUGUAAAAGCAGUGGCCGAUGGGUUCAUCAUGGCAAAAGUGAAACAGGGUAUUGAGCAAGCUCAUGGAACUGGCUAUGGUGGCAGUGGCUUUAGAUUCAAUGAAGAGGAGGAGGAAAUCAGGAAAGCAGCAAAGAAAGCACAAGCGAAGGAGUAUGGCUAUGAGGAAGAGAAGUCUGACUCAGAAGAUGAGAAUGAUGUAGUAAGAAAGGCUGGUAGUGAUAUCUCACAGCAACAAGCUAUGCUUUCUCAGAUAGCCGCCAUUUCUGCUGCUGCUGAAGCUACUGUGACAGCUAACCAAUUGCUGCCUAAUGGUGGCGGGCUUGUUACUGUGGCAGGUGUCCCUCCUUGUGAUGGAGCAGGCCGCGUUGCAGCCAUGGCUGCUGCCGCUAACCUGCAACACAACCUUGCAAGGAUUCUUCAAGCUGAUGCGAUGCCUGAACACUAUGAACCAGAAUUGGAAAUCAAUGAUUUUCCACAAAAUGCUCGGUGGAGAGUCACCCACAAAGAAACGCUUGGUCCAAUAUCAGAGUGGAGUGGAGCCGCCAUUACCGUUAGAGGUCAGUAUUAUGAGUCAGGAAGUAUGCCCGGACCUGGGCAACGCAAGCUUUAUCUGUUCGUUGAAGGGCCUACCGAAAUAUCUGUUAAGACAGCAAAAACUGAACUCAAGCGUGUUCUUGAAGACGUAACUAAUCAAGCCUUCUCUCUCCCUGGAGGAACACAAGCCAGAAGAUACUCUGUCCUAUAAAACCAUGAGGUUUGUGAUUCUAAGAUUUUUAACUUACUCAGAUAACAAGUAAUUAUUUAUUGCUUUAUUGGAAUACAAUCUCUGCAAAAUUGCAGAAUCUUUUUAUAGACAUGACUUGGUGUGACAACAAACAUCAAUUUGA